AGUCGGCAAUGGGCGAAUGAUCCUAACAGUUUAGCCCAACUUUUUUUGUGAAACGCAUUAUUGAAUUAAAAUUCUCUGUGAAUAUAUACUUGUAGAUUUUAGAAUGAAUUUAAUGUUUUUUAACCAUUUUAUGAGGACAAGAACAGUAUUCUCCAGAAAAUAUAGAAAUUGGAAAGCUUUUGGUUUAAAUUCAACUUGGUUUUCGUCAGAGGUUGAUAAAGCAAACCAAUCAAAAUAUGAUCAAACGUCUGAAACAGUAUUCGAUAAAAUCAUACGCAAACAAAUUCCGGCCGACAUAAUUCAUGAAGAUGAUAAAUGUAUAGCGUUUAAUGAUGUCAGUCCGCAAGCACCAAUCCAUUUCCUAGUGAUCCCAAAAAAAAGAAUUGCUAUGCUUGGGCUUUGUUCGGGGACUGACAGUGAGAUUUUAAGCCAUAUUUUAUUAACUGCUAAAGACUUAGCCAAUGAAAGGUUACCAGAUGGGUAUCGGUUAGUUAUUAACAAUGGAAGGGAUGGUUGCCAGUCUGUAUACCACUUGCAUAUUCACAUUCUUGGAGGCCGACAAAUGAAUUGGCCACCUGGAUAA